AUGGAUUGGAAACGACGGUCAGUUCUUUUCCUUGCUGUAUGUUUUCUUCUGCGGAGUCAAGCAGCAGCAGCAGAAGAUAACACUUGGGAUCUCACCGAAGAAGAAGAUAGUGAGUUAGAGAGCGAACUCAAAACCCUUAACAAGCCUUACGUGAAAUCUUUCAAGGAUGAGUAUGGGAUUACCUACGAUUGCGUGGAUAUCUAUAAGCAACCAGCUUUUGAUCAUCCUCUGCUUAAAAAUCACACACUUCAGCAUGCUGUAGUGGUAUUUGAAGCUAAAAAGGGACCACAAUAUUAUGGCGCAAGCGCAGACCUGGAAGUAUUCCAGCUUUCAGGUGUUUCAAUUAACCAAGCAAGCACGAGCCAGAUCAUUCUUACCAAAGGGGAAAGAGGGCCCAAAAAUUACAUUAACACCGUGCAGGCUGGAUGGCAGUCGGAUGGUUACCAGAAGACCGGCUGUAUUAACCUGGAUUGCCAUGGGUUUGUCCAAGAUCGGUUCACUUCAAACUGGAUGUUGUACAAUGAUAGGGAACCUGUUGGGUAUUGGCCGAAGGAAAUCUUCAACAACAUGGCAGAUUCUUCCCAGGUGCAGAUGGGUGGAUUAGUUUACUCGCCCUUUGAUGAAGCAAGUCCGCCCAUGGGUAAUGGUGUAAAAGGUGAAGCAAAAUUCACGAACGUUCUCUUGCUGGAUGGACAAGGUAAUAACAGAACGCCUGAAGAUUUUGAAGAGAUUCAUGAUCUUGAUAUAGAUUAUUACUACAUUAGCUAUCACUAUCGCGAUGGCGUGUUGAAUUAUGGUGGGCCGGGAGGUUGGAAGAAAACUUAG